AGUUUGAAAUUUCCCGGAGGAUGGGGACAACCUAACCUAAUCUCACCUCGUGACGUCAAUGACGGCAACGCCAGUCUCCAGGCGCAAAAAUUGUGUCCGACUUCUGCAAUCUGCAAUAUGUCCACGUAGUAGCCGAUCCUCCACCGUCCCGGAAGACGAGAACCGUUCGACAUAAUGGCUUCGUAGUUUCAGGAGAUUCUCUGACGAACUGACCGAUGUGACCAUGGCUAGUCCACGGACGCGGCGAGUGCUGAACGAAUUGAAGCCCAGGGACGAGAACAAUAAAUGCUUUGAAUGUGGCAGUCACAAUCCACAAUGGGUAUCUGUGACAUAUGGCAUUUGGAUAUGCCUGGAGUGCUCUGGCAAGCAUCGUGGUUUAGGUGUACACUUGUCAUUUGUCCGUUCUAUCUCUAUGGAUAAGUGGAAGGAUGUAGAAUUAGAGAAGAUGAAGGUUGGUGGCAACAGGAAUGCCCGAGAGUUCUUUGAGAGUCAACCAGACUGGGAUGAAUCCAUGUCCAUUUCACAGCGCUACAAUACAAAAGCAGCAGCACUGUAUAAGGACAAGAUUGCUACAUUGGCGAGAGGAGAGCUGUGGAGUCCCAACAGUUCAACGGCUAAGGAUUUUCAACCAUCGUCGUUUAUUAGAAAUAAGUCAGAGUACUCAUACCAGAGCGAUUCAUCCUCUUAUCAAAAUAUGGAUUCAAACAAUUUGAAGGCACAAACGGAAUUCUUCUUCGCGAAGAAACAGAAUGAAAAUGCCAAUCGUCCAGAUAAUGUCCCACCUAAUCAAGGCGGUAAAUACGGUGGCUUUGGUUAUCAAAUGGAUCCUCCACCUAAAAGUUCGUCCCAGGAACUGUUUGACACCGCAGUAUCAUCAUUAGCAACUGGUUGGUCAAUGUUCUCUUCCUCGGCAUCGAAAAUAGCGAGCAAAGCUACCGAGAAUGCAAUCAAGAUCGGAGGACUCGCAACGCAAAAGGUUCGUGACGGCACAUUAUUAGAGGACGUAGGAAUUCAAGUCAAUCAUUUGGUUACAAAGGUUGGGGAUAUAACGAGACGGGGAGGAUGGGGUGACAUUGCUGGGACCAAUUCAGCGGAACAACAAAGACAGUAUGAUUCCAUGGAUCGAUAUCAGUGUUCCUCUAUGUAUCAGAAUAGCGACUCAAUACAAUCGAAUCGCUCUAAUGAAAAAUCGUCUCUCGUAAGAAGCUCCAGUUCAAAAAGUAACAUUUCUGCUGGAGAUUCCUCCAACACAUCAAAUUGCGAUUGGGACUGGGGCAACGACGCAAAACACACUAGCAAGACGGUAACUUCAAAAAGGCAACCAAAGGCGGAAAAAAAGGAAGAAUCAUUGAUUAAUUUCGAAACGGACAAUAAAACGCAACAGAAUUGGAAUUCGAAAGCGGAAGACGAUGCUUGGGAAAUACUAAAUAAUUAACCCUGUUAUCAUUAGCGCGAAUUAAGGAAUGAGGAUAUCUCGGUAUAUGUUAAUUUUAAAAAGUACUAAAGAGAAUUAAAGAGAGAACGGAUGCACACCCUUACACGAGAUGUGUUUCUCUUCUAAAGUAACCCACAUUUUUUGUAAAAUAGGCUACAGUUUUGUUCAGUAAUUUGUAAUGCGGUAAAUGAUAAAUUGUAUAAUUUUUAUUAAAGUAUUGACUUUAUAAUAUAAAA